GGAGGAGGUGGCUUGGGCAGGGUAUAAAAGGGAGGACCAAGGCCAGGUGCGUCAGUCGAAGUCCCGCCAUUGCCCUAUCAACAUCUCAAGUGCCACCAUGCAUCGGCCGCUACUCCUUCUGUUACUCCUGCUUCUAAUGGCUUCCCUGGGGCACACUGCAGCGCUACUCCCCCAGGGGCCCGUCACAACCCUGAAACGUGGCCCUGGACCCCUCGUGGCGCCUUCUGAGGGCCGAAAACUGCGCCGCGCUCUCAAAACACUUCUACAAUUAAACGAUUCUACCCUGUCAUCCCUUGCCGCGGCCUCUCACUCAUCUUGGCAGGGUGUGGACAGGCUUAGUGACCUCCUAGCCGCCCCUGCCUGGUCCACGUCCUCCCUGGCAGCCCCCGCACCCCUGCCAACCCUGCCCCAGCCUCCAGUAGCAGCAGCACCACCAGUAAGGAGGAGAAGGAGAGCAUCUACUGCCCGUCGCUAUCAUCCCAGGCGAUAUUUGUACUUCCUCAGUGCUGGAGAGUGUCCCCAGGCCCCGGACGGCAGACCACGCAUGUACUGCCCGACACGCGAGGCUGACGGGCCGUGGGUGUGUGUGGAUGAGGAGGAGCUGUGCGAUGGUGUGGACCACUGCCCUGGGGGUGAAGACGAGGAGGCCACACACUGCCUCUUUCAUACCGCUAUGCGAGGCCACAUGGAUAUCUUAACUAAAUACGUGAUGUUAUCCAAGCUUACCUGAACGCACACACACACACACACACACACACACACACACACACACACACACACACACACACACACACACACACACACACACACACACACAC